CAGCGAUGGACAAACAGGAGGGCACUAUUCGCCACAGGAAGUCCCCCAAGAUUCCGGCCGACGGCGCUGAAGAUGGCGCUCACGGCGCUCAAGACGCCUCCGACAAGGCCUUCGACCAAGCCACCUGGGGCAAGACGGCCUCUGGCGCAGUGUUCAGAGUCCCAGAGACCCACUCCUUCGUCCACACCCUCUUGACUACCACGCACCGCUCGUCUCUUACCCGGCUCACACUUUUCUCGCUCCUGGCCCAGCCGCUGCUCUUUUACCUCUUGCGCAACCAUCACACGACUCGCUCGCUCUUUUUCCUGCUCUACUUUGCCUUCUGGCGAGGCAGCUAUGACUGGGGCUUUGCUUGGGUUUUGCGAAAGCAGUCGGAGAAGAAAUGGAUCGUCAAGCUUUUGCGCAACUGGGGCUGGCUCGACGUCAAUUCGGACCAGGGCGGUGAAGAGGGCCGUGCAUGGGCGAAAUGGUGGAAGCGUGAGCUCGAGAUGAAGAUGGAUGAGGGAUACGAAUGGGAGGCAGUGCCACAAGAAUUCAACGCUUGGUUGAUGUUUCGCCAGCUAGUCGAUAUCGUCCUUCUCAACGAUUUCGUGGCAUACACUUGCUUUGCGUGGUCCCAUCUCCACUUCCCCGCCAACCAUUCUGUCGCCAUGCACAUUCUCCGAUGGACACUUGGCCUGUCUUUGAUCCUAUUCAAUCUCUGGGUCAAGAUUGACGCCCACAGAGUCGUCAAAGACUAUGCCUGGUACUGGGGAGACGCGUUCUGGAUGAUGGUCAUGCAGCACGAUCUCGUGUUUGACGGCGUGUAUGAGAUUGCGCCUCAUCCGAUGUACUCUGUGGGUUAUGCUGGAUACUAUGGCUUGUCUAUGCUCGUCGGCUCGUACACUGUCCUCUUCGUAUCUAUCGCCGCCCACGCCGCUCAAUUCGCUUUCCUUCUCUGGUUUGAAAACCCUCAUAUCGAGCGUACUUAUGGUGGCGGCAAGAAACCCCUCGCUUCUCGCGUCCCUGUCAAUUGGCAGGAUGACGAAAAGGCAGAAGAGCUUCACAGAACCCCAGGCGAGACGGGCGCACCGACACCGUCCGCUACUGAGGGCGAAACCGAGACCGAGCCAGAGCUCGCCGACCCCACUCCCAAUUCGUCACCCGAGAAGGAUGUCAGGAUCGUCAAGCCCCGGUCAGACAGCGUCUUUUCAGAGACUUCUAAUCUGACUGCGACGUCUCCAACGGCGAUGCCACGAGAGCUGAAACAGCCGGCUUCUGCGAUGGGUUCUGGUGUUACCACACCGAUUGGUGGAAAGAGCAGGAAGAGUUUCAGCAAGAGGAACAAGAUGACGAUGCACGACCUUACCAACCGGUUCUUCCGAAAGCCUGUCGUUCUUUUCUCUCAUCUGGACAUGUUCCGCGCUACCGACUUUGCCCUCGUCCUCCUUGUCACCUACUCUGUCGUCACCCUGAUCCCUCCUCUCUCCCCAGGCCUCGCCCUCACUGCACACUUCGUCCACGCCCUCUUCUGGCGCCUCUUCCACUCUCUCGGACUGGGACUUUUGCUUCUAGCGCAAAGCAAGGACAAGUGGAUGGUCAGGCAUUACUUGAAGCACUACCACUACCCCUCCGAUGUCCGUCUGGAUGAGUGGGAGGAUGAAGAGCUGGAACCUGGAGAGAAGGCUGGUAAGGGUAAGGAAGGUGUUGUAAGGCGAGCGACGGAGGAAGCUUUUGGCAAUUGGCAAGUGGUAUACAACAUCAGUCUGGUUAUGACCUAUGUCUCUUUCGCCGGCCUCGCCUGGAAGACGUACCACCUCCCUUCCGACUGGACCGUAUCCGGCACUCUCCUCCGGCACAUCCUCGGCCUCUCCCUCAUCGCGCUCCACAUCUGGUCCGCCCUCUCGUCUUAUGAAGUCCUCGGCGCCUAUGGAUGGUUCUACUCAGAUUUCUUCCUCUUCUCGUCCUACCUCCCCUCAGACUUGGCAUACACGGGUAUAUACCGGUUCUUGAACAACCCCGAGAGGUCUAUGGGCGGUGCGGCGUUUUUGGGAUGUUGGUUGAUGGGUGGGAGCUGGUUAGUUGGAGUACUGGGUGUGGUCAGUCAUUUGAGUCAUUGGUGGUUCUUGGAAUUCGUCGAGGGCCCGCAUAUGCAGAAACUCUACGGCAACCGUCUCCGUAAAGACGGCGGUCUCACCAAAACCCUCAAAUCCAACCUUCCCAACUCUACGGCCGUCCGCCAAGCCGUAUCCAAGCACCCUAGAGUGUCGCGAGUCGUUUCGGAAGUCAAUAGGGGCAUUGAAAAGGUGGAAGAACGAGUCAGGGGCGGGGUGGAAGACUUUUUGGAUCAUGCGAGGCCGAUGUUGGAUGGGGUUGUGGACGAUGCUAGGGGGCUGUUGCAGCAGUCUAGGGAGAGGAUGAUCAUCACUCGCGUGGCCAAGCCUAAAGACCUCACUUCUUACGACCCGUCUUCCUACUCUCUCCAGAUCCCGACCUCUUCCUCGUCUCCUACGCCCUACCCCGCGUUCCACGUCGGCCAGCCCAUUCCCAUCUCCUGGACUGCCCCUUCGAACCACUCUUCCAAAGACUGGAUCGGUAUCUACCGACUCGGCAGCUGCAAGAGCGAGAUCGUCACCAAGAUCUCGAGUGUUGGCAAGUGGGUUGGAGUUUAUGAGGAGGAAUGGGAGGGUAAUGAGCACGUCACGCCGGAGAGUGAGGGUCAGAAGGCGGACGCUGGGAUGGUUGUCUUGAAGGGCAAGCAAUUGCCUUGGCAGCCGGGACAGUACGAAAUUCGGUACCACCACGAUGGGAAACACAACGUCAUGUCCCGUCUCGCCCCGAUUGAGCUCUACGUCGACAAACCUCGUGCUUCUCGCUCUUCCCGCGUGUCUUCUCCCCGUCGUUCUUCCGCAUCUCUGUCUUCCUCCCCUUCCAAGUCGGUGAAGACGGCCGAGAUCAGGGAGGAAGUCGGCGUGAAGGAGGUGAGGGAGACGAUGAUGAAGCUCGUUUGUCUGGCUUUGGAGGGCGAGGACGAGCUAGUUCCCAAGGCGGCAAAGGGCAAGGCUGUCAUGAGGCUUGCGGCUGUACCCACUGCCGCAUCUCAGGUCUCGCCCGGCAAGGCUCUCAACAAGCCCACUCUGUCUUACACGCCCGAGCUCGACGAGGGCGAAGACGGCGUUGAAGCCGAUGCCGAGGUUGAGGACCAAGGUUCCCUCUUGGGCUCUGGUGUAGCCGGAGGAGAUAAGCGAGCUGGCAAGGCUGGAAAGGCGGAUAAGAAGGCGAAAGGGAAAAAGGGUGGAGUCGGGAUCGAAGACGAGGUGACGCCCACCAAGGACACCUUCUCGCCUGGCAAUCUUGCGUCUGCCGACAAUCCACAAACUCUCGACCACCUGGCCUCUCUCGCUGACCGGUCUGUCGUCCCCCAACCUUCCAUCCUAGGCUUGGCCGACGACGAAUCUACUCGCGACCCCGGUAUAGACCGCUCUGUCGAUUCCGACAGCGAUUCCGAACCCGAGGCGGACGAUUUCACAAUCAUGACCGAAACCCAAGCCAAACGCAUCGCCACACUCGCCAAGUACGCCUUUGGGGUAGAGUUGGAUGCGGAUGUGGUAUUGGCGGAGGCGAAUGUGGGGGCGUUGGCGAGGAGGGUUGUGGGUGCUUGGAGUUUGGCGGCUGUCUAGCCUCAUUAACAUUUGACACUGGGAAGGAUGUGUCUGGAGAUGCCAAAAGGGUGUCUUGGGAGGAGGAAGUCGGAAAUAAGUCAUCACUAAACAAUCUUGUAUCACAAAAACACCCCCUUUUUAGACCAUAGAGUCGAUACGCUUUUGCAUAGCUUAUAUGCAUAUCAAAACUUGCCUGUCUAUAGUACAUCGCUAUGCC